GUUAGGCUUAGAGAUCGGAAGUCCUGCGUUCAAAAGUGGCCGGAGACAUUUCCUAGACGUGUGACCCUCAGCAAGUCACUUAACCCCCAUUGCCUAGCCCUUACCGAUCUUCUGCCUUGGAACCAAUACACAGUAGUGAUUCUAAGAUGUUAGGUGCUGGAGAAGGCAGUAUGUCUGAGUAUACCUUAUCCUCUACCCCUGUCUCCCAAAAGUUUCCAGUCUCCCAGAGCUCUUCUAAGAGCUAUACCUCUUCUAGAGAAACAUUUCCUAUAGAUUCAGAGGCGUCAACUCCCCUGCCCUCAGUUACUGAACGCCUAAACUUCAUCUGCCCAUCCAACGAACUGUUGGAGUAUUACCGAAGAAAAGUACUUGAGUGUGAUGAACAAAAUGAAGAAAUAUUGAGGAAACUGGAAAAAUAUAGCCUCAUAUUUAAGGACCGGCAACAACUAGAGUUGGAAAUCCAGCAGAGGGAGGAAGAGAUUACUGAGUUACAGAAGGCCCUAAGUGACAUUCAAGUCUACCUCUUUCAAGAGCGAGAGCAUGUUUUACGCCUCUACUCAGAAAAUGACCGAUUAAAAAUCAAGGAGCUGGAAGACAGAAAAAGGAUUCAACAUCUCUUAACUCUAGUGGGAACAGCUUCUAGAGAAGUAACCUAUUUUUACAAGGAACCUAUACACAAAGUCACUGUUCCCCAGAAGACUGGUCUUUUCACGCAGCCACUUGAACAAGAGUUCAUUUCCAGAGCAGGUACUAAAAGAAACUUGGGAAGACCAAUAAAAGAGCCACAAGAAAGUCCUGAGAAAUACCAAAGGGACAAUCAGACGCUUGUGCUACAGGUGGAAUCACUGCAAGUUCAGCUUCAAGAGCAGACCAAACUUUCCAGAGACCAGAUUGAAGGGCUCUUAGAAGACCGACGCAUCUACAUGGAAGAAUCUCAGGUUCAGCAUGAGAGAAACCAGGAGAGGAUCAAAACUCUGUCAGACAAUCUCCAACAAACCCAGGAAUUCCUCUUUGAGAGCACCAAGGACUUUCUGCAACUCAAAUUUGAAAAUCAAGAUAAAGAGAAGGAAUGGGCGACUGAGAAGGACCACUUACUUUGGAAAUUGGACCAAUACAAAAAGCAGCAGGAACAGGAGAAACAUUUUGAUGAGGAGCAAUGUCAGCAACAUGCAGUCGCUUCUCUCCUGCCAGCUGUACAAGAGUUGCAAGAGGAGCAAAAUGCAUAUGCUCAGAACCUAAAAGAGAAGUUGUUUCAAGAACAGAAGUUGUCCUGCAUGUACCAAGAGCAGUGUGUGGCUCUGGAGGAGGAGCUGGCUCGAAUUCGAGAAGAAGAUGAUAUGAGGCAAAAGAUCUUUAAGGAACGUACUGACAAGAUGGGGAAGCGUUUGCAAGAGAUGGUGCGUCGGUACGACGGCCUGCAGAAUCGUCGUCAGCUAGAAGUGGAAGGCUUCAAGACAGACAUCAAGACCCUUCGUGAAAAACUGAGAGAAGUCGAGCAAAUGCUCUAUGAGGCAACAUUCAAUAUUCGACCAGACCAAGAUCUUGACAUUCUUACUGAGGUUCGUAAGAGCAACAAACGGACUGUUAAGAUCCAAGGAGAACUGAAGAACCUCAAGGCUAAAAUAUAUUGUUUAGAGAAUGAACUUCGAAAAUGUUAACAUCUCUUUAGAGAUUGGAGCACCAUCUGCCUAUAGAUAGAUAAAGGACUGAGUCCUAAAACCUAUGAACAAGAUAUCAGCUACCAAAGAAAGGGUUUCAACAAAGAGCCUGCAAGGACAUUGAUGGGAGUCCUUUUUUGGGCUACCUAAUGAUCAAGGACCCCACUGCAAAGACCAGUGUUAAAUUCAUGGACCUGAAGAGCUAUACAAGUAUUUCCCUUGCUCGUAUCACCCUUUUCUUGAGCAAGGUUAUAAUCUGAAAAAAAGCCUGAAGUUUUUCCCAUGUUGUUUCUGCAAUUUAUGUUGGGAGCUUUGAGAUAAAAGGGCUUAGGGAAUUAAGUGCCAAUGUGGUUGAGUAAUUAUGGGAGAAACUCGUCCUUCCCCAAAGAGCUGGGUGCAUCUACUAAGGUCACAUCUCACUGGUUGGGAAAAAGGCAGCAAAUUCCAGGGUUUCAAAGGUAGGCAGCUGGUUGCUGUUAAUCUUUAUCCUAUCUUUGGUAGGCAAAAGAUCUCACAUUUUCUCUGCUUUCUUGGAAUGCUUAUUCUUGUGACUUGUUAAUAGAGGGGAUCAGAGUAAGAGUCCUCAGGCAAAUUUCAGAAGCCAUUUUGUAGUCAUCUUUUUUUUUUCAAGAAUGUAUGCUGCUCUAAAUCAUCAUGUAAUGAGGUCCCAUCGUACCAAUCAUGUUUCCUGGAUUUAUACAUUUAAACUUAGAAUUUUUAAAAAUAAAAAUGAAAUUGAGGUAUUGUGA